AAUAUAUGAACACCAUCCAUGUUCACAUGAACUCUUCAACACGCUUAAAUUACAAGGCUGCAUAAAUCUCUAGAAAAUUAAAGCCAUUCCUCAAGAAUAGGAGAGGCAUUACUUAAUCAUGAUGAUUAGGUACUUGAUUACUUUAAUUCUUUUCUAAGAUACCACUAACUAUCAAAUAGUAUAAUACUCCAACUACAUUAAUAAGCUUAAGUGUUAUGCCUACUUAUACAGAUCUUACUUGUAUAUAAGACCUGCAAAUCAGAUACACAACUCAUUCCAACAACUCUAAAAACCACCCAUAAACCUCCUUAGUUCUUCCUUCUCCUCAGAAAAAAAUACCUCCUACACUCUUAUUGCCUUACCAAUCAACAUGGCCCUGAAAAAAUCCAAGAAAGAUCACAAAGGAGCUUCUAAGAAGCGAGUUGCCGCGAUUUUUGGUGUCACUGGGCUUGUAGGAAGAGAGCUUGCUAGAAGGCUAAGCUCUAAAUAUUCAUGGAAAGUAUAUGGCAUUGCUAGGAGAGAAGAGCAGAAUGUGGUUAAAAAUUCCAGUAAAAAUUAUCACUUCAUCUCCUGUGAUCUUCUAUGUCCUUUAGAUACACAAAAGAAGCUGUCUUUCUUAGAAGAUGUAACCCAUAUUUACUGGGUUACAUGGGCUAAUCAGUACCCACUUGAUAGCCUAGAAUGCUGUGAUCAAAACAAAGAAAUGCUGUCAAAUGCAUUAGAUGCAAUGCUUCCAAAAGCUAAGUCUUUAAAACAUGUUUCUCUUCAGACAGGAAUGAAGCACUAUGUUUCAUUCAGAGAUCUGAUCAGCAACACGAAAAAUUUUGAUAACGCGUUUUAUGAUGAAGAUUGUCCAAGAGCUUCUCUAGGGAAUAAUUUCUAUUAUAUCCUAGAGGAUUUGCUUAAGGAAAGGCUUGCUGCGAAUAAGGUUGGGUGGUCCGUCCAAAGGCCUGGUUUGAUAACAGGGUGUUCAAAGAGGACAACAUAUAAUUUUAUGGGUUGUCUUGCUAUUUAUGCAAGUAUUUGUAAACAUUUGAAUCUGCCAUUUGUGUUUGGAGGGUCAAGGCAGUGUUGGGAAGAGGCUUGGAUCGAUGUCUCGGAUGCUCGAUUAGUAGCUGAGCAGCACAUAUGGGCUUCCACUGAUGAUCAAGUCUUAUCACCCAGUGACAGCCAAGGCCAGGCCUUUAACACCAUCAAUGGAAUUUGUUUCACAUGGAAAGAAAUAUGGCCGGCUAUAGGGAAAAAAUUCGGACUUGAAGUUCCUGAAAACAUGUUUUCCCCUGAGUUUAAGUAUUCUAAGGCUAUGUCAGAUAAAGCUGGAGUUUGGAGAGAGAUUGUAGAUAGCAAAGGUUUAGUGGAAACAGAGAUGGAAGAAUUGGCUAACUGGGACUUUUUGGACCUCUUGUUUCGGUGCCCCUUAAAAUUGUUAGGAACGCGAGCAAAAGCUGAUCGUCUGGGUUUCAGGAAGAGGUAUACAGCGUCAGAAUCGAUCACAUAUUGGAUAGAUUACAUGAGAGAUGAGAAACUAAUACCUUAGAGAGAAAGGCAGAGGGACAGAUAAAUUGUUAGCUCAUUUGAACUUUGCAUAUAUAAUAAAGAAAAGAAACACUACUGUACUUACAGACUUACUUUCCUUUCAAAUGGGAUACUCAAUUAGCUUCUCCAAAUCUAUUCUCAAUAACAUAUGUCUAUAGCUGUAUAGCAUAGCAAAAUUUUCCUUUCA